AAGUGUCAAUAAAACCUCACUCCAGCUGCAGCUGCUAAAUGAAUCACAAGCAACCCCAGUACGUCGAGCAUUCAAGUGUUAGACAUUCAAGCGUUAACGAUGGCCAGCGCCGACAUGCACGUCGUGAUGUUCCCCUUCCUCGCAUUCGGCCAUAUCAGCCCGUUCGUGCAGCUGGCGCGCAAGCUCGUCGCCGCCGGCAACGGGGUGCGGGUCACGCUGCUGUCGGCCGCGGCUAACGUGCCUCGCGUGCAGGCCAUGCUGGGGUCGUCGGCGGUGGCGGUGGCGCCGCUGAGCCUCCCGCGCGUGCCGGGACUCCCCGAGGGCGCCGAGAGCACGGCCGAGGUCUCAGCGGACGGUGCCGAGCUGCUCAAGCAGGCCGUCGACGGCACAAGGCCGCAGGUGGCGGCCCUGCUCGCGGAGCUCCGGCCCGACGCUCUGCUCUUCGACUUUGCCACCCCCUGGGUUACCGAGGUCGCGGCGCCGCUAGGCAUCAAGACGCUCCAGUUCUCCGUCUUCUCUGCCGUCGCUGGCGCCUACCUGAUGGUCCCCGCGCGUCGCCAACUCGGCGCCGUCCCGUCCGCCGGAGACCUCCAGUUGGCGCCCGCGGGCUUCCCGCCGUCGUCCCCCCUCGCCACGAUCCCGGCCUACCAGGCCGCCGACUUCACCUACGUGUUCACCAGCUUCCACGGCGAGCCCUGCGUGUACGACCGCGUCCUCGCCGGCGUCCAGGCCAGCGACGCCCUCGUCAUCAAGACGUGCUUCGAGAUGGAAGGCCCCUACAUCCGCUACCUCGCCGCCCAGCACGGCAAGCCGGUGCUCGUCACCGGCCCGGUCGUGCCGGAGCCGCCCAAGGGCGAGCUCGAGGAGCGGUGGGCGCAGUGGCUCUCCUCCUUCCCGGACAGCGCCGUCGUGUUUGCCUCCUUCGGGAGCGAGACGUUCCUCCCGGCGGCCGCCGCGACGGAGCUCCUCCUCGGCUUAGAGGCCAGCAACCGGCCGUUCCUGGUCGUUCUCAACUUCCCCAGGGGCGCGGACGUGGAAGCGGAGCUCGAGAGGUGCACGCCGCCGGGGUUCGCGGAGAGGACCAAGGGGAGGGGCGCUGUGCACACGGGGUGGGUGCAGCAGCAGCACAUCCUGCGGCACCGGAGCGUGGGAUGUUUCGUGAACCACGCCGGGCUGAGCUCCGUCGUGGAGGGGCUCGUCGCCGGCUGCCGGCUCGUGCUGCUUCCCAUGAAGGGCGACCAGUACCUCAACGCCGCGCUGUUCGCGCGGGACCUCCGCGUCGGGGUGGAGGUCGCGCGUCGCGAUGGCGAUGGGUGGUUCGGGCGCGGGGACGUGAGCGCCGCCGUGGACACGGCGAUGGCGGACGGAUGGGAGGGGGAAGGGACCAAGUGGAAGGAAUUCUUGAUGGACGACGCCGUGCAGAAGAGGUUUGGGGAUGAUUUCGUCAGGGAUUUAACGAACUUUGUGAGGGCUUGAAGCAAUAGAUCAUGGAUGCAGGUAGGGCCACGAGCGUCGGGAGCACAACACGGAUGCCCAUAAUCUUGUUAAAUAUGUAUUUUCGCUUACUUUUGGUCGUCAUAUAUGGCUUCAGGAUACACCUGAAGUGUGUCGUAUUCCUAGUUUCCUACGAAGAUUACCUAAUAAAACUCGUGGUUAUUAUAUGCUAAAAA